GCCCACCGCCAUACGAGGCUCCGGGGGCGUCCAGCCGGGGGCGCCAGAGGCCGCGGCCCACCGCCAUACGAGACUCCGGGGGCGUCCAGCCGGGGGCGCCAGAGGCCGCGGCCCACCGCCAUACGAGGCUCCGGGGACGUCCAGCCGGGGGCGCCAGAGGCCGCGGCCCACCGCCAUACGAGGCUCCGCGGGCGCCAGAGGCCGCGGCCCACCGCCAUACGAGACUCCGGGGGCGCCAGAGGCCGCUGCCGGCCGCCAUGCGAGGCUCUGCCGUCGCUGUGAAGGGCGCCCCAUUAGCUUCACUUCCUCGGUGGCUGGGUCGGACGCGCGGCCUUGCAUUCGGAACCCAGGCGCAGGUACAGAGACGGGAUGGACCGCUGCUGAGACGCCAAGAGGGAACUGGGGGAGGACUGGAAAUGAGACUGGGGAACAAUAAGAAUAAAAAGUCUCAUAUCAGACAGAAGUCACAGAAACAAAUUUGUAUACCAGCUUUGGAAUAUUUUGAUAAAAAAUACGGGCAUGAACAUGGAAAAUUGUGGGACAAAGUCAGAGAAGUGCUGCUGCUUCCCUCCAGUUGGCAGUAUGGCGUGCUGGUGAACAAGUUCAGCCACUGUAUAGCAUUGGAACAACUUCUUCAAUCGCAGGGAUAUUGGAAUUUUGUGUUACCAUUUUCCCAGCAUUCAUUACGAUGUUACAUCAGCAGGACCCAGAACCGGUUCCCAAGACUACUACAUCAUGCUGAAAGGUUAAAGGAAUAUUACUUACUGAAUGCAGCUUCUUUACUGCCUGUCCUUGCAUUAGGUGUCCAAGAUGGAGAGUGUGUGUUAGAUAUAUGUGCUUCUCCUGGAGGGAAAUCCGUGGCAAUAUUGCAGUCUGCCACUCCACGUCACUUUCUUUGCAAUGAACAUGACAAUUUGCGUCAUAAGUGGCUGAAGCAAACACUUGAGUCUUUUAUACCUGAAGCCAUAAGGGGGGUAAUAUCUGUGACGAACCUGGAUGGAAGAGUCAUUGGCCCGCAACAGCCACAAAUAUUUAACAAGGUGCUAGUGGAUGCACCAUGUUCAAAUGACAGAAGUUGGUUGUUCUCGUCUGACAGCCUUAAAGCUUGCCAAAGGAUUGCAGACGCGCCUAAUAUACCUGUUUUGCAGAAGCAAUUACUGAGGUCAGCUCUUGAGGCGUUGUGUCCUGGAGGGACAAUGGUUUAUUCUACAUGUACUCUAUCUCGAGCAGAAAAUGAUGAUGUUGUGGCCUCUCUUCUGAAUUCUUGUGACAACGUUCAAACUGUGGAUUUAACAGACUUGGCAUGUUCCCUUGUUCAUAGCUUUACAUUUGCUGAAGGUGUACAGCAUGGACUGUUAGUUGUGCCUGAAAAGGAUAAAACUUGGGGCCCAAUGUACGUCAGCAAAUUAUGGAAGACACAUUGACUUGAAAUCAAGCUACCAUUGGGCAGGAGCUACAAAAGCCCGAAGACCCACACCAGCAGAUUGAAGAACAGCUAUUUUCCUUCAACCAUUUGGUUCCUGAAUUAAUUUGCACAAACCUAAUCACCUUGUAAAAAUAUGUAUAAUUUAUUUUUUCCCUGUGAAUGCUACUUACAGUAAAUGAGGCUAACUGUUCCUGUGAUGCUGCUGCAAGUAAAAUUUUCAUUGUACCUGUGCAUGCAUGUACUUGUGCAAAUGAGAAUAAACUCAACUUUGACUUUGUUAUAUUCUCAUUUUGUUCUACAGAUAAUCUGCAAGUUCUCCUUAUCUUUGGUCAUGAUUUGUCUAUUGUAACUUGGGUUUAUUUUCAUCUGUUCGUGCUAACCACACUGUUCAUUUGCUGCUGAAUCAGGGGACCCCAUUCUGUGAAAGGCAAGCACUACUUGGUUGCACUACUCUUCUUAAAACCUCUCUACAGAGAGAAAGUGCACCCGCAUAAUUUCUUGGAAACGUUGUGAUCAAGUUGCAAGUUUGUAAGUCAAGAUAACACAAAGUUGUUAUUGUUGUCCUCUCAAUUUUAACAGCAGAGGUUAAUCUCACAUUGUGAUUCCAAAGCUUGUCUUCAAGGACUAAUCCCAGUAGAAAUUUAUAUUCCAGUAAAUUACCAUUUAGGUUGUGAUGUCUCCACUGAUUAUUUUAAAAAAGCUACCUUGUUUAUUUUAAACCUCUUCUUUUAUCCACUAACACUGCAAGUUAUUUCCCUGCACAUACAUACCUGCCUUAAGUUUCCCACCAUACUUUCAGAUGAGACACUUUCUGGCGGUGAAUAAGAAUUCAUUCUAUCAGGGAAAGGUGAUUUAUUAAUCUCAAAUCUCCAGGCAACAGCUUUCAAUCUCUUUUUGAGCUUUUGUUAUCUUCAUCCCUUUCUCCUAUGCUGCAACCUUAACUUCAUCCUCUUUUAAAAGAGAGGCAAACAAGAUCUUCAGUUUCGCAGUCUCUGCCAACACAUGAUUUCUUUUUUGUGGCUCGUCGGUCUUAAAUACUUCCUUUUUAUAUACUUGUGAAGAUUUUUGGGUUCCAUUUUUGUUGUUUAUCUCUAAUCUUUUAUCAUCCUGACCCAUCUGUACCUGGGUGAUACAAUAGCAUUGUGGUUAGCACGAUGCUUUACAGUGCUAGCAAUCGGUGAUCAGAGUCCAAUUCCCAUCACUCUCUGUUUAUACAUUUUCUCAGAGUUCCAGUGUCCCCUCAUAUACUUGGGCUAGGGUUAGCAUGUUGUGGGCAUGUAUUGUUGGCACCAGACUGUAUUGGUUGUUGGUGCAAAACGAUGCCUUGCACUGUAUUUCAAUAUAAAUGUGACAAAUAAAGCUAAUCUUUAUCAUAAAUCUAUUUCUAAAAUGCUCUAAUUCUGUCUUCAUUUUGUGCCUGACCUUUCCCACAUGCUUUGUUGUUCUUUUCCAUAUUAGUCUCUCUCCGUUAUCUAGUUUAUUUGCCAUGUCUUGUUGUCAGGGAAGUGCUGGAAUCCAUUCUUAAAGAUGCCGUAAUCGGGCAUUUAGAAAAGCAUAAUGGAUUCGGGAGAGCCUGUGUGGUUUUGCGAAAGAAAAAUCAUGUUUGACAAAUCUAAUUAAAUGUUACCAGCAUGUUAUUUAUGAGGGAAUCAGUGAAUGUAGUGUAUCAAGAUUUUCAAAAAAUAUUUGAUUAAGAACAACAUAAAGGAAUUUUCCUUACAUUAGUUACGGAAUUGCAUUCACUUCAAAAGUGGAAACUGAACAGGAAUAGUCAUGUUUUUUUUAAGAUAUCAUACUUUUGCAAUUGGAGUUCAACAGUGAUGUAACUGCUUUGCUAGACAUACGUAGACCCUAAUAAUGCAUAGUACAAAAACAGGUUGUAUUUUGUUGCUGUGUUUUUAUUUAAGCAGAAAGUUAAUUUUGCUUAAUGAAUAAGGUUUCUUAUGCUGGGAAUAGUGGAUACUUACUUAGCUAAAUGGAACCAGCUUGUUUAGAUUGCUGUACUUGAAGAUACCCUGACAAGGUCUGAUAAUCAAGAAAACUUACUGAAUUUUGAAGCAGACUGAUAAGUGGCAUUUCCCAUGAAAUACUGCUAGCAUCUGAGAGAAUAUGGUAAGAUGUCCAGAAAGAACAGUAUGAAACAACUUAUCACCAUGGAGACAGUCUUUCUGUAUUUGGUUCAGUUAAUUGUUGUGCAAAUGUUCUAAAUACAGAUCUUAUUUUAAAUAGUUGUCAAAGGUUAGUGUAAUAAAAGCUGAACUAAUGAAUGCAACAGAAUUGAGUGAACUUAAGAGGUCUACUUAUUUUGUGAUUUUGCCAUCCUCUGGUUGCUGAGACACAAUGUACUUCUGAUUAUUGUUUUUGUUUCUUUUGUAUUAAAGUUUUACCUUUGCAUUAUUAAGACAAUAAGACUCAGAAGUAGAAUCAUUCCAUUUGGCCUAUUGAGUCUUCUCUGCCAAUCCAUCAUGGCUGAUUUAUUAUCCCUCUCAACUCCAUUCUCCAGUCUUUUCCCAUAAACUUUGAUGACCUGACUCAUCAAGAAUCUUAUCAACCUCCACUUUAAAUAUACCCAGUGACUUGGCCUCCACAGCCAUCUGUGGCAAUGAAUUCCACAGAUUCACUACCAUCUAGCUAAAGAAAUUCCUUAUCAUUUCUGUUCUAAAUGAACCUAUGAAUAUGAAUUCAGCACAUCCUCUUUCUUAAUGUCUGUAUGCUCAAGCUUUUCAGUCCAUCUGAAGUCAUCCCAACAAUUGCCAAGAUCCUUUUCCAUAGUGAAUAUUGAAGCAAAGUAUUCAUUAAGUACCUCUGCUCUCUCCUCCUGUUCCAUACACACUUUUCCACUGUCACACUUGAUUGGUCCUAUUCUCUCACGUCUUAUCCUCUUGCUCUUCACAUACUUGUAGAAUGCCUUGCAGUUUUCCUUAAUCCUGCCCACCAAGGCCUUCUCAUGGCCCCUUCUGGCUCUCCUAAUUUUAUUCUCAAUCUCCUUCCUGCUUUCCUUAUAAUCUUCUAAAUCUCUACCAUUACCUAGUUUUUUUUAACCUUUCAUAAGCUUUUCUUCUUGACAUGAUUUACAACAGCCUUUGUAUAUCAUGGUUCCUGUACUCUACCAUCCUUUCCCUGUUCCAUUGGGACGUAUCUAUCCAGAACGCCACGCAAAUAUCCCCUGAACAUUUGACACAUUUCUGCCAUAUAUUUCCCUGGAACAUCUGUUCUCAAUUUAUGCUUCCAAGUUCCUGUCUGAUAGCCUCAUAUUUCCCUUUAAUUAAACACUUUCCUAACUUGUCUGUUCCUAUCCCUCUCCAAUGUUAUGAUAAAAGGAGAUAGAAUUGUGAUUACUAUCUCCAAAAUGCUCUCCCACUGAGAGAUCUGACACCUGACCAGAUUCAUUUUCCAAUACCGGAUCAGGUACAGCCUCUCCUCUUGUAGACUUAUCUACAUAUUGUGUUAAGAAGCCUUCCUGAACACACCUAACAAACUCCACCCCAUCUAAACCCCUGGCUCUAGGGAGAUGCCAAUCAAUAUUUGGGAAAUAUUUUACCUUUUCAAAAAAUGCUACGUGGUUCAUCAAACAUGACUUUUCAUGAAAAAGUUAUGCUGACUUCUCCUAAUCAGACUCUGU